AUGUCACCGUUUACCUUCGAGUAUGCCCUUACCCCAGGUCUAAAGACCAAGACUUCUCUUCACGCCGCGCCAAAAGUUGUAGCCGAUAGGUUCAUACUAUAUACUCAGCGGGCACUGAGUUAUCCGAAGGGCCUUGUAGUUUGGCAAAUUUCAGAGAGAAUCUGUGGGCACAUCGGCGGAUCUGAAUACGGGGAUGGCCCCCUCACGGAAUUUGGCAAAGCCAUCAGAUUGGCAGUCAAUCAGCCGGGAUUCGAAGUGAAUGGCCACUGUUCACGCUGUCUAAUAGACUAUUCAAUCAUGCUUGGUCCCGAGCCCGACAGACUCACCAUCCAUGCUUGGUAUGACUACGGUUCAUACAAGUCCCCCAAUGACAAGUCUUGGACUGAACCCAUUUACGGUACCAGCAACACGUAUUCGCCAGGUACUAUGGUGUAUCGUGACCCUGGCAGCAUUCGGAUGCUGUACGCAACGGGCACCACACUUGGCAACGUCAGGUGA